AUGCCCGAGAGACAUCCGAGAAGGGAGGCCGGGUUUUCGGCCGGCUCGGAGGGGAAUCCCCCGGCAGCUUUUGGAGGCGGCUGUGCUGUCUGGCGCGGGGCCAGGCGCGCAUUCUUCGCUGCGUCGGAUGUGCACCCCGUUGCUUACUUUCGGGCGUUCUUUUAUGCGCCGCAACAUGUGACAUCCAUCGUCUUUAAUGAGCUUGCCGUGGCACGGGUAUUCACUCGGAUGUUCGGGGUGGAGUGGAGGGUGGAGAUCUGGCUGGAAGAGCUUCAUCGAAUGACGCCUUCUUUCGCAUUGGAAUUCGGGCAGCGUUCUGUAGGAGUUACGCGGGUACCUGUUGUAGGAGUUAUGCGGGUACCUGUUGUAGGAGUUAUGCGGGUACCUGCUGCAAGGAGAAAAAAUGCUUUUCAAAUAUGUGAGGCAGAUGGGGAAAGACAGGUCUCGCCAGGGUUCCUCCGAGAAGAAGACACGGAUGCCGACUCGUGCGUGUGGACUCGUGUGAGUGUGGACCCGUGUGUGGACCCAUGUGUGGACCCGUGUGUGGACCCGUGUGUGGACCCGUGUGAGUUUCAGGCACCUCGGUUGCAGAUCUCUCGCCUGAAGAGCGGAAGGAAGACACAAGUGGAGGAUCGACAGCGACAUCUAUAUUGCGACCCUGUCAAUGAAUGGGAUUCGAGCGGAGUGGAGCCUCCAGUUAUAAUCUAUGGUGAGAGUCUCGCGUAG